AGGAGUUGGGUCGAGUCGGUCAGUAACGUGGAAACCCUAAGAGCCAGGAGAGGAGCAGGUUGCGGUUUCGAGCUGCCCCCAGCACAAACGACGAAGCGCCCAUCACAUGGCGCGAGAUGAGCCACUGUGUCCGAAUGCGGAGAUGUAGAGCGUCGAUGUGCGCACCAGCGGUGGAGGAGGAGGAGGAGGUCGAGAGUUUCCGAGAUGCUUGCCCGUCAUCGCAAUAUACGACCGGAGGCGGUUCUGAUACGAUUUGCUUCGUGGAAUUCAUGCGAGGUCGAGCUAUUCCGUGCCUACCUCCCUCGGAAGCAUGUACCUUUAAAGAAAGAGUGCCUCUACAGCUUGCGAUUUUGGCUUGAGUGCCCCCCCGCUGCUGCGGCCGAAACAGGUCAUUUUGCGAAUUGUAGUUGUCCGUGGCCGAAUGAAGGGUACGAGGGAUUGGAUGCGCCAGGGAUAAGGUCGUCCGUCCUCUCGCAGAGUGAGUAGCGAUGGUCUGUAACCAGCGCCUGCAGUAUGGCUGGCAGGCUUGACGACAGCUUUGAACCUCCGCUUUAACAGCCAGUGACCGGGGAGACAGAGGACAACAGCAGAGACUCGGUAACCGGAGCGACCACGUCUUCGGUGACAGCACCGAGGAAUUCCUAGAGCCUUAUUAGGGACGUCGUAGAGUCCAUCACUGUAACUUUGUCGUUGGUCGCUUCGUUGUCCUGAUGUGACUCCAUGUUAGGUUGAAGGAACGCUGUUUUGUUGAACUGACGGUUUGGGUUAUGAAUGUAGGAGCCAGUCUAUUCUGUGUUGUGUGGAGGGUGUAGACAGAUUCAUGCUUCCUCAUUGAUAGAGUAAAGUUGCCACAGUAACCACGUUGGAUAUGGAAGAGUUUGCGGAAUCAUUAACUCACAGCCUCGACUUAUACGCGGUAGACUUAAGUGCCCGUCACUUUACCAAUGCAGAUUGACGAUCUCCGGUUCUUGUGAUCGAGUUUGGAACUCUACAGGAGACUGACUCAAGUCUGUGAACGUGACUGAGCCGGAAACGUUUGCGCCGAGGAAUAGCUCAUUUCCUACAUUUUUUGCUAACCUAGCAAUUUCAAUCUAGUGGUAAUGCGUGAGUCGCUAAUUUUUGUUUUUAAGUUUCGCCUUGCACAGAAACAAUGCGAGGUGCACACUUUGCAUCUGCCACAUCUAAGCACUUCUCAGUUCCGCUGUGAAGUCUCUAGUUUGUGUCACCUCAGUUCUUCUAACAUAGCUCAGUGCAUGUCGGUGAUACUCGUCAAUGACUUCAAGGGUAAAGAGUGCUGGAUGUACUUUAAGCAAAGAGUGCCUUCGCUUAAAUGCAAGUGCUGGUGACAUCAAGCAAAGACUUCCGGUUGACAGCAGAUUAUACCGCAGCACAACGGUACUGUUGCAUGAACACGUGAUAUCAGCCCACUGAAACGUAAAGCCUAAUUACGAUCUCUGAUAUUGGUAAUAGCUGGCGGGGUGCAGCACCGAGGGUUGUGCCAUGAUGUGGCGGCAAGUAUGAGAUCCUGUAGCAAGUUCACAUCAGUCUCAAUGCCUUGAAUGGAGACAUUAUAGAAUGUACGAGGAUCUGUGCCAUCAGUCAAUCUCUUAACAAUGGUAACAGAGAACGUUCAGAUCUUGUACAUGUGUUAUUUUGCUCUUUGCUUGAUGUCACCAGCAUUUGCAAUUAAGCGAAGUCACUGGACUAGCGGCACUCGUUGCCGUAGCUCAAGAUUGCGCAACACACAUGAAAGUUGCGCAUUUUCAAGGCGUGAAACUCUCAAGUCGUAAUUUAGAAACAUCAGUACAACUUACAGAUGUGACAUUGCUGCUUGUGAAAGGAGAGAUAUUCACGUCAGACAUUCCACAGGGCGAUGACGUUCAAGUUAUCAUGCCGUAUAUCUUUCCGAAAAUUCCAGAUGAAGUACCAAAUUAUAGAUUGAUUUGAGGACUUUCGGAAAGGUUUCUCUCAUAUCUAAAGAGCAACUUUGCGCUAGAGUGAUCGGUUUUAUGGGACGAGGAUCUACCACGAACACUGCCUGUGAUCGCGGGAAAUAGAAGGGUAGAUUACUCUAUUGUACAGUUCGAGAUGUAGGAAAGCCGCCGUGAAGUCUAUGUCGACCACUACAGAUGCGUUGUAGCAGCAAAAUGUCACACAGCCUUGCUAGUGACUAGUUUUACAUCUGUCUACGAAGCCGGUUUCAGAUCUGAAACUUGAACCUAAACUGCACUUUCCUCUCUCGGAGGUCAAACUAGGAUUGGGGUUCAACGUUGACGAGAGAUCAUAGAAGGCAUCAGUAACCGACAGUAGCAGACUACGAGUCGACGUACUAUCCUAUGACAUUCUCCACUUGGCAGACGAAGCUUUUAAGCCGGUAGAGUAAUUCACUAGACCAGUCUAACUAACUUUGUUCUUGAGGGACUUGGUGAUUUUGUACAUUAAGUUCUGGCUCCAGUAUGCCUUCGGUUAUUGCAAGUUCCUGG